AGACAGAUUGUAUCCCUGACCUUCUACGUUCUGUUGAAAAAAAUACUUUUAGCAGUAGGACCCUGAAGAUUUGGGGGAAAAAAAUCGACCAGCACACCUUUAUGUUGUCUGAGGCAGGACAAAGAUGUGAAAAAAGUUGUUCAACACUGUAACAAAAAAGGUUGAGCUUUGAGCCAUGUCAUUGGCUAAGAAGAGCCUGACAGGAAAAUGCAACGGCUCUUGAGGUCAGGGCAGAUUCUGCUAUAUAUGUAUUACAACAGACAACACCUUUUCUGACUCUACAACAGCGCUUGCAUGGUGAGCUAACAUCACUCAGCUCUACAGGGACAAUAUGAGCGCUUCUGUGGCCGUGUACAGGAAUAUUUACACGGAGGACCGCUUCAAACAGGCCUACGGCUCCGAUGAUGACACGAGUGGAAGUUUGCGGCUCCGGGAAAAGCUCGCCGAGAGGUGCAGGUGUUCAAGGCGAGCCUGCCUUCACCUGCUGAGGGAGAGAGUGCCCAUUUUCAACUGGCUACCUAGAUACAGACUAAAAAAAUGGAUUUUAGGAGACACUAUAGCGGGACUGACAGUUGGUAUUCUUCACAUUCCGCAAGGCAUGGCCUUUGCUUUGCUCACAUCGGUGGCACCAAUAUUUGGCCUUUACACCUCCUUCUUCCCGGUGGUCCUCUAUAUGUUUUUUGGCACAGGUCGUCACGUGUCCACAGGUACCUUUGCUGUGGUGAGUCUGAUGACUGGCUCUGUGGUGGAACAGCUGGUUCCCACUCCUCUGGACAUGAACUCAAGUUCGUCUGAAGCGGCUGAGUUUGAGGGCCAGAGGAUUGGAGUGGCUUCAGCUGUGGCACUCCUCUCAGGAAUUAUUAUGCUCUGUAUGUUUGGUCUUCAGCUGGGCUUCCUCUCCACUUAUUUGUCAGAGCCAAUUGUUAAGGCUUUCACCAGUGCUGCUGCCUUUCAUGUUACCAUCUCACAGCUGCAAAGCAUGCUGGGGCUGCGGCUCCCUCGCCACACUGGGACCUUCUCCCUCUUCAAAACUUUAGCGUCAGUGAUGGAGAACCUGCCUCACACCAACAUGGCUGAGCUGCUGAUCUCCUUGGUGUGUUUGGCUGUCCUGGUGCCAGUCAAAGAAAUCAACAUGCGGUACCGUCAUCGCCUGCGUACACCUAUCCCUGUGGAGAUCCUCACGGUGAUUAUUGCUACAGGUGUGGCCUAUGCCUCCUCGCUGGACUCUGCUUACAACAUUGAGAUAGUUGGCCACAUCCCAGCUGGAUUCCCAAGGCCACGGAUGCCUGCCUUGCACACUUUCCCUGACAUUGCUGAAGACACAGUAGCCAUAACAUUUGUUGGUUACGCUGUGUCGGUCUCACUGGCAAUGAUCUAUGCCGAUAAGCAUGGAUAUUCCAUACAUCCCAACCAGGAGCUGCUGGCUCAUGGCGUUUCCAACACAGUGUCCUCGUUUUUCAACUGCUUCCCCAGCUCAGCCACUCUAGCCACCACUAAUAUACUCGAGAGUGCUGGAGGAUACACACAGCUCUCUGGCUUGUUCACUAGUCUGGUUGUUCUGAUUGUCCUGCUGCUGAUUGGACCACUGUUCUACUUCCUACCCAAGGCAGUACUGGCGUGCAUAAAUGUUACCAGCCUCAGGCAGAUGUUCUUGCAGUUCCACGACUUACCUGAGCUGUGGAGAAUCAGCAAGAUUGACUUUAUGGUUUGGGUGGUAACCUGGCUGUCUGUUGUGGUACUUAACGUGGACCUUGGCCUAGCCAUUGGGGUGGUUUUCUCUAUGAUGACCGUCAUCUGCCGCACACAAAGGGCUGGUUGUUCAGUGCUUGGUCGGGCCAGCAACACAGAAAUUUACAGACCUAUGGAGAACCACAGCAAGUGCUAUGAGGUGCCUGGAGUGAAAAUCCUGACUUACAACGGGCCUAUUUACUAUGGCAACCGUAGCUUCUUCAGGGAGGAGAUGAGCAGGCUGUUGGGCCUGACGCCAGAGAAGAUCCGCAGUCGGGAAAAGGCCAGGAAAUCCCUGGAGAAACGGGAGAGAGAGACCACUGUCAACACUGUGGAAAGAGGCAUUGCAAACACAUCGUUUUCUUCAGAAAAUGAGUUCUUCAAAUCUGAAACAUCUGAGAGUGAUGUUCAGGCAGUGUUAAUCGAUUGCAGCAGUGUGAUAUUUGUUGAUGUUGCUGGAGCAAGAAUCUUCACACAGAUGUGUACUGAAUGCCAGAAAGUUGGAGUUCAUGUAUAUUUGGCAAACUGCAAUGAGAGUGUCUUAAAGAUCCUCACAUCAAGUGGUCUAAUGAAAUACAUGAACCCUCAACAUAUUUUCGUCACUGUUCAUGAUGCCGUGAUGUAUAUUAAACAGCAGAAGGAAAAACCUCUAGAGAACACCACCACUGUUUGGGUAUGAGGCAGGAGGGCAGUGAUGAGUGAACCAAGUGUCUGGGACUAAAAUGGCAGAGGGCAUUAGGACUUCUGUUUUAUGAGCAGAUACCACGUCUCUCAGCUCUAUAGCAGCACUCCAGCAUUUGGUCCAGACUGUACUGUAUACCAGUGUUUCAAAGAUGCAGUAGCCUGUUGUAGCACUAUGUCAUGAAUUACAAUAAUUAUUAAAUUACAGUGUUACCAGUUUUCUCGCAGAUAUUGGACUCACUCCUGGCACACUUUAAUCUGAUAUUAUUAAACAGUCACAAAUUCAGAGAGGUUUCAAUCAAGCAGACAGAAUAACUCCACAACAGACAAUCUUGUCAUAUAUUUAGUGUAAACUAAUCUGAAAAACAAAUGUGUAAUUUUUGAUUUAUGACUAUAAAACUGUAUAUGACAGAUAUUAAUUAUUUUGGUUUGGAAUCGUUCUGUUCUUUAUUGCCAUAUAUGCUGGAAUAUUACCAUAGUAAUAUUUAUUUAGUUUGUGUUUGUUGUUUGCAAUACAGAUAAUUAUAAUGUGCACUGAAUAGUUUGCUAAAGUACUUUGUAUAUUUAUAUCUUUUGAAAUAUGUGCUUGAAUAUGCAACUGUGUACAGUAAAUGCCAUCCCAUACUACCUUAAAAUAUUGUGUCUUUUAUCCAGAGAGACUGCACAAAAUAUUUUUAUGAAUGACUUCUGUAUUUGUCAGCAACUGUGCCAUCCAGUGGCUGUUUUGACAAUAAAUAUGUCUCAAAAAACA